AUGCUCCAGGGCGGCUAUGAUAUUGCUCUUGAGGUCGCUAAGGAAACGGCCGACUACGCGCCCGAGGCGACGAUGGAGGAUCUGAGUCGUAUCAAUCCGUGGCGGGAUCUGCUUCCCAGCCAGGACGGGGUUCUCCGAGAGCUCAUCUAUAUCGGGCACGUACUGCAAGACCUGACACCAACCACACUGCCUGAAGACGACUACCAACUGUUCUCGGACUUGUUGCGCAGUCUGGAAACGCGCACCGAUCUAUCAUGGAGAGUUUAUGAAGAGACGGAAAUCCGUAACCCCAUCAUGUACGCUUGCAAUCGCAAACCAAUUCCCGACGAGCCUUUCGAUAUCAGUAAGCGAGUCGAUGCUCUUCACAAAUAUUGGGAUGGUCUCGCCAUAUUGCCCGAUAAGCCUGGUCGAUGGGAGGAUGCCAGCGACACGACAUUCAUUCCGCCGAAACUGCGUGGGCGCCAAAUCUCCGAUGGCGAGGGAGGAGCAUCGAGCCAGGUGCAGGACCAUGCAACUUACAGGCUCACCCUAACUCCUGAGCAGGAUGCCGAAGCUACGAGAGUCUAUAAAAAAUGGCGCGAGAACCGCGAUUCAAAAGUGUCCUACCUAAAGCUUCACCCACCAACUCCCAUAGCCUGGGUCCCAGUAAGCGGAUCCAACACUGGUGCCUCCAAUGCCUGGAAUGAAGUUUUCCCGAAUGGGGACAUUGGGGCCGGUCGCCAUGUUGCAAGCUCCAAGCUUGUAGGCAACAAAAAGUGGAAGCCCAUUUUUAGGUCGCUUAUGACGGAAACCAUCCCAUUCAGCUGGGUGGACCCGGCUCUCCCAGAGGUAGACUGGGAGAAAGAGCUCAAGGAAUCUACCGAGCAGUAUGAACGAAGUAAGGAGCGGAGGGCCAGGCAGUCGGAGUAUCAGCAAGUGCUAAAGGCGAAGCUGAGUGAGGGAAACGCGAAGGAGGAGUUGUAA